AUGGAGCUCUUCCACUCUGAUGUCACAGGAAGUCCCGCCUCCUGUCAGAGGAUGUUUGGAUCUAUGCACUCUAUCUCCACCCCCAGCCCAUUGGUCAACACAGACAGUCCCACCCUUGCUCAUUCCUGGUUAGAGGGUGGAUCCAGCACCCCCUUGAGUCACUACACCCCUCAGCCCUCCCCACCCCUCACCCUCUCGGCCCCAAACUGCCACAGCUCCCCUCGCGGAGCACCCCACGGCCUGUCCUCCUCUCUGGAUGUCGAGGGACUGGAGAGCAGCCUUCUGGAGGCGGUGGAGGGUCUUGAGGCUAUGGGUCUGGAUGUGGCUCGGCCUCCCCUUCUGCCCCUGAAGAGACGAGGGACUGAAGGCUCAGAGACCAUGUUCCCGCUCAGCACAGCAGUCAGCACAUCCUUUGCCAGUCACAACACCUCACCUACCAGAUCUACACCAAGUCCAGAUUUCAUGGCCAGUAAACCAGAAAAUGUGAAGUUCGUUCAGGAUACGUCAAAGUUUUGGUACAAGCCAGAUAUCUCAAGAGAGCAAGCUAUUGCCGUUCUCAAGGAUAAAGAGCCGGGCUCCUUCAUCAUCAGAGACAGUCACUCAUUCAGAGGAGCUUACGGAUUGGCCAUGAAGGUGGCCACGCCCCCACCUUCCGUUCUACAGCAAAGCCGAAAAAACAUUGGUGUCUUGGGAAAUCCAAACACAGUUGGAGACAAUGUUGAGAUCUCUUCUGAAACUAUAGGAGCCACAAUGGGCGAUCUGUCCAAUGAGCUUGUGCGGCAUUUCUUGAUCGAGUGCACACCUAAAGGAGUGCGGUUAAAAGGCUGCCCCAACGAACCUUAUUUCGGAAGUCUCACAGCUUUGGUGUGUCAGCAUUCAAUCACACCCAUGGCUUUACCCUGCAGACUCAUCAUCCCAAAGAGAGGCCCUCUUGAGGAAUUAAAUGAAUCUUCAUCACAAACAUCUACAAACUCUGCAGCAGAGCUACUCAAACAGGGAGCAGCGUGUAACGUGUGGUUCCUGGGCAGUGUGGAUCUGGAGUCUCUGACAGGAGUUCAGGGUGUUCAGAAGGCCACCACUGUGAUUUUCAAUAUGGAUCCACCACCCACAUCCACUGUCGUUCACUUUAAAGUGUCUGCACAGGGAAUCACCCUCACAGACAACCAGAGGAAAUUGUUCUUCAGGAGACACUAUGCUGUCAACACAGUGAUAUUCUGUGCCCUGGAUCCUCAGGACAGGAAGUGGACACGGGACGGCUGCACAGCUGCAAAGAUCUUUGGCUUCAUUGCGAGGAAAAGCGGGAGCAGCACAGAGAAUGUGUGUCACAUGUUUGCCGAACAUGACCCCGAGCAGCCGGCCAGCGCCAUUGUCAACUUUGUCUCUAAGGUGAUGAUCGGCUCUCAGAAGACCAAAUAGAAAAAACAUAAGCAGAGAUUCCUGAUGAACUGCGACGGGGACCAACUCCACAUCCUCAACUUCAAAUGUAGAAGAGCCAAACGUAUUUACAGUUUUGCUACUGUAAUGUGACCGCUUUUACUCACUGAUGGUGUUGAAACAGUAAAACGUCAGUAUUGGAAUGGAUGAAACUUUAUUUUAUGUUGGAAUCUCCUUUUUUUUUUUUUUUGGACAAGAUACACAGGGACGGUGCUAAAUGCCAUUGGGACCAGGAACAAAUUUUAUAGGUGGGCCACCCUUUUCACAAGGCCCAGGACAACAUUCCCAAUUGUCCCCACUGAUGAUGGCCAAGAAGAUCCAUUCCACAGGAAGUCUUUGAAAUGUAUGCAGCACUCUUGCAUCACAGGACACAUCCAGAAGGGGGCGCCACACUUCUUCAGCUCAUUCUCACGCUGCCAUAAACACAGAAUGCUCAAAGCAAACUUAAAAGCCUAAGAGGAAAAACAACUAACCAUUAUUUUAUUGUUUUUUUUGUUUGUUUUUUGUGCAGUUUUGUUUGCAGUAUUUUCGAGGUCCUUGGUUUUGUUUGGAAAUAGAAAUGUUGGAGGUGUAUAUGUAGAUUCAUUUACAUGUUGAGUCUGGGCACAUACAGACAAAAGAUGCAGACCAAAGACCAUUUUGCAUAUCAAUUUGCAAAAUUUAAAUGUGUUUGAUUUUAUAUGUGUGUAUACAUUAUCAAAUGCUACUUUUAACAUUUUUUUUAGCUCAAAAUAUUCAGUUGUUGUUUAUCUCUGUAUUUGUUUAUAAGUGCUGAGCUCACAUUUUUUUGUCAAUGACAAGUGGUUUCCCUAAAAAGCAUAUUGGCAUUGACUUUGUUUAUAUAUUUGGAAAUAUUGAUCGUAUAACUCAUAUUCUGUGUAUACUUAUCUCUUACUCAUCUAUGCGACAUGAGAAUUAAACCAUCUUAUUUGAUAAAUCACCUCAUUUGAAGUAAGCAUGACAUAACUCAUGUGAACUCAGUACUUCUGACAUUUUUUUUUUUGUUACUGAAAAGAGGCUUUUGCCAUAAACGUUUCACUUGGAAUUCAUCUGAAUCAGACAUAAACAUGCAUGUUCCAUGACUUUUCUUACUUUAAGAAGCAAGGACCAUGUUUUCAUCACAAAAGCUAUUCUGUACUUUCCUUGUACUGUCUAACGCUUUGGUUUAUUUGUAAAUGAAUGAUUUAUGGACUGUAUACGUGCACAGAAUACAAUAUUAAAGAAACUGU